AUGGUCGACUGGAUCUCGCUGGCGGUGCCCUUCGCCUACCUGGGCCUGCUGAUCGGCUCCAUGGCCACCUUCUCGCACCUGUACCGCGCCCGCAAGGCCUCGCGCGCCUCGUCGCUGGCGCCCUGGUUCGGCGCCCACACCACCCGCAACAUCUACCUCUCGCUGCUGCACAUCGAGCAGCCCAAGGUCCCGGACUCGGUCCUCAAGGCCGCCCUCCUGCGCCGCGCCGUCGAGGACAUCCACCGCAUCGUCGAGAUCCGCAACGCCAAGGCGGCCCUGCAGCAGUUGCUGCAGCGCGGCAGCGUCGGCGACGACCUGUGGCAGCGCUUCCAGCGCGCCGAAAAGGAGAUCGAGGCCGAGCUGCGCGACGUCGUGCAAGAAGCCAACGCCUUCGCACCCGGCUGGGGCCAGACCAUCUUCCAGAACGCCUCCGAAGUCGCGCAGAACCAGAUCCUCAAGGCCCGCGUCAACGAGCUGCAGGCCCAGACGGCCAACGAGAAGGCCUGGUGGGAGAAGAAGCGCGGCGCCAUCCGCUCCGAGUUCAUGAAGGAGCUGGGCGCCGACGAGGGCGCCGCCGGCGUCCAGACCAAGAGCAGCGACGACGACACCGUGCUCGUCGACAACGCCUCCACCGCUUCCAUGUCCAGACCGAGCACCGCCGGCUCCAUGGUCUCGGGCACGAGCUCCAAGAGGAAGGGCAAGGGCAGGAAAUAA